UUUCGGCAUCCAGGCUCACAGGCGCCUAGAUUCUGGAUAUACUGAAAUAAAUAAUUACCCAUGGGCGCUUUGGGAGCGUCUCGGGGUUAACAGAUAUCCCGAGCCGCAGAUGUCAGAAUCCCAGUCGCAGUCGGAAGUUCCUUCCAUGGAUUCGUACAUGGCAUCGCUGAGAGGGGCUAUUUCAGAGUACGAGUCCGGGAAAAGUAUACGCUCGGCGCAGGCUGUGAAGCUGCAGCUGGCACAAGAGCUCAUAAAACAGGAAGCCUGGGACGAUGCGCUACGCAUCCUCCGACCACUAUGGCACACCAUGUCUUGGAGGAGGGAAGGGUGGUGGGACUUGACUGAAGAGGUGGGGACUAUCCUGCGUGAGGUUGCGGUUAAGGCUGGAGAUGGCGGGACAGUUGUUGCCGUGGACUGGGAGCUUAUGAGUUCAACUUUCGAGCGGAAUCCACGACAGACUCUAGUCAUCACCAAGUCCCUUGACGAUGUGGACACUGUGAAGGGAAAGCCGGCAGUUGUGCUUCAAGGGCGGGAUAUACACUCAUUCCUAUGUGCGACUUUCGUUUUUGAGCAGGCCGAAGGAAAGGUGGGGGAACCAUGCACAUCACAACUGAGUGUCAUGUCCUUUGCUUCAAAAGGUUCGUCGCCCGUUACUAUGGCGGAAAUAAAGAUAAAGUUUGAAGGGUCUCUUAAGCCCGUCACGAUCCGGCAUAGCAGUGAGGCUCAAGAUGUUGAAGUCCGCCCGGAUAAUACGUCCUUCACCAAGGUGGCGCUUCGCGAAGAACAUGGAAACUCUGAGGAUACAGCUAUGUCUGUUGGGAAAGAACGUGGCUUGCGGUUCAGCACUCUCGUCGGAGACGAGAGUUUGAUUUUCCUCCCUGGACAAACACGUGUCUUUGAGUUAAGUUGUCCUCUGAGAGAACCAGGCAAAGCCAAAGCUAUUUCAGCGACGUUUGCACUAGCUGCGCCCCUUUUUGAUCUCGAAUGCAUCAUAGAGUUCGACCACAUCACCACUCGCGACAUGUGGUGGAGUCAGAAGCCAGCUCGCAAGCGGGUUGUGCGCGCUGAUCCGCAUUCUAUUACCAUUCUCCCGAAACCACCCAAAAUGGAAAUUAAGUUCCAGGCGUUGAAGGAUCAGUAUUAUACAAACGAGCCGAUUGACCUGAACGUCGAUAUAUUUAAUGGCGAAGAUGAAGAAUCACUUGCCAGUUUGGAGGUCACCAUUUCCAACGAUGGUGUAGGAACUCCUCAGCUUCCCUUCAAGAUUAUUAUACCCACAGCACCUGAAUCAAACGUGGAAUAUACACCAGAUGAUGAAACGCCACCAAGCGCCAAACUUGGAUCAAUCUCAAGCUCUAACACAAUAUCAGCUAUUGUUGUUCUAGGUCCAAUAUUAAUACAAUCAACUUACGAGAUAACUCUGCAGUUGAAGUAUAACCUAGCUUCCGACUUAGAAACUCCAAUCACCAGAACUGCAGCUAUACGUUUCAAUAUUGGCAGUCCAUUCGAAGCGAACUAUGACUUUUCGCCUCGCCUCGACUCAAGGUCAUGGCCAAGUUUCUUUGAUCCUAAGGACGGGAAAACGUCUUCUACUGGCGAAGUCGCCGCACUUGGUCUCCCACAGAAGUGGAAUCUCACCGCCAGAUACUGUUCGUUUGCAGGUGAAGCUUUAAUAGUGGAGGACGUCAGCCUCGCCAUCCUCUCCCUUAACGGCGGCGUCGCCUGCUCUGGUAUCCACCCACUCCCAAACACAUCCUUAGGGCUACCCAUCCUACCCGAAGCACUGGCAGAAUCUCACUUUGACGUUUUGACUCAAAAGCUAAGCCUGGAUGGCCGUCGGUCAGCAUCGUUGGACUUGUCCCUAUUAAUACAAUGGCGACGCGAUGUACCUGAGUCGCCAUCUAACACAUCAACGCUGCCCAUUCCAAGGCUGCUAGUCGCCAGCAGCGAGCCUCGCGUCCUCACAAAGUUGUCAUACAGCGAAAACACCACUCAACCAAUGGUCCUGCAUAUGGAAUACAUGAUUGAAAAUCCUUCGAUGCACUUCCUCACCUUCAGUGUGGUGAUGGAACCAAAUGAUAAAUUUGCAUUUUCAGGCGCCAAGCAAAGUACUAUCCAGCUGUUGCCAUUGUCGCGGCGCGGUAUGAGCUUCAACCUGCUCCCGAAUGUGAGGGGAGAGUGGGUCAGACCGCAACUGGUGGUGACUGAUCGAUACUUCCAGAAGGUACUGAAAGUCGCUCCAGGAGAUGGGAUGAAGAGUGACAAGGAAGGAAUCUUAAUUUGGAUUCCGCCGGAUGAGGAAUAAAAAAUAGGAAAAUAUAUAUAUUUGUGAAAUUAUAUACUAUGUCUUAGAAUAAUGAUAGUUCAUAUGACAAUAUAUU